AUGGAUUCAGCUCGCCUCCUCCUGCUCAUCGCCGUCGCCUCGCUCGGUGGUGCAGCGGCAGCUGAUGACCACCUGGUAUUCUCGAACUACACCUGCUCGGCCCCGGGGAACUACACCUCCAACAGCCCCUACGCGAGGAACCUCGCCAGGCUCCUCGCCCCGUUGUCGCGCCCUGCCGCCGUCGACAACUGGUUGUUCCAUCAAAUCACCGUCUACGGCACGACUACGCCCGAUGACCAGGCGUCCGGCCUCGCCAUGUGCUUCGCCGACUCCGCCCCCGACCGGUGCCGGACCUGCCUCGCCACCGUGAGCUCCGCCCACGCCCUGUUCCCCGCGUGCGACCACAGCCGGAACGUCAGCUUCAUCAGCUCCGACGGCUGCGUCAUCCGCUACGCCGCCGGCGGCGUCACGCCCUUCUUCGUCUCCUCCGCCGCCGACGACGCCUCCGGCGCCCGGCUUGUCCUGCGCUCGCGUACGCAGGCCGCCGACGCUGCCGCCAUGAGGGACGCGCGGCGGGUGCUGCUGAGCCGGCUCGCGGAGAGCGCCGCCGGCGACGACGACCGGCGGUUCGCCGCCGGGAACCAGGGGUACAUGGACGCCGCCGGCCGGGGAACCUGGCAGGUGAUAUACGGGAUGGCGCAGUGCACCAGGGACCUGCCGCCGGCCGAGUGCUCCGGCUGCCUUCUGGAUCACCUCAGCGUCAUGUACAGGGACGCGAGCGUCACCAACAGCACGGAGGCCUCCGUCAUGGGGCUCACCUGCUACCUCACAUACCAGAUGAACAAGCCCAUCCACAUCGCCGGAGUGGCUCUGCCGCCAGCGGCGCAGCCGAGUGAGACCCCGACAGGGUCCGCGCCUCCUCCGCCGGUCGUCAAGACGACUGUGCUGAUCGCCGCUCUGGCUGCAGCUGCUGUCACGCUCUUCAGUGUUGGUGUUUAA